UACAGGAAUAACGACGUGCCUCCUCUGGAAAGAAAAGCUCCGGGAGGAGGGGGGGAACAGCAGCGAAGCAAUCGAGAACUGCUGCAGUUCCAGCAGCCAGGGUCAGAAUCGGGAGUAUUAUUUUAUAACUGUGCUACUCAUAAUGCCACAACUGAAUAAGAGGAAAAACGUUUAUUAUUGUCUAUUAAUUUCGUAGCUAACCAGCGAGUUCCAUUUCUGCGUGCCACUGAGCACGGAGCGAGAUUUUAGGAGCGAAAAGACUGAAACUUGUCAGUCAUGAAAAUUAGAGAUAGGGCGUAAUGUAUUGAAAUUUAAAAAAAUACACUGACUGUAAGAAUACCGAGAAGGACAGAAAAGACUGCUUUUCGGAGGUGGACAUUUGGGACAACCGCGAUCGCGACCCCCUUCAGAAUUAUUUGACCUGAAUAUUGUGCUAGCUUCCCUAGCUAGCCAACUGAUUUGGGAGGUAUUGGAAUACCGUCGCUGAAUUUACAGUGUAGCUGCACGAGUGCUCCAGAUUCAGCCGCUCCAAAGCCCCGGAGUCAACUAGAUCGAACAGGCGGAGGACAGAAGCUCCAUCGAGUUGGCUCCCUAGAAAGCAGAGUCGUAGUUCGGGCCGGCUCGAGAAUGGGAUAGGGGGCGGACAAGUGGACAAUGGGAGAGAGAACGGAACCGGAGCGGGACACAGGAAGGUACCGACGCAAUACAGGGCAGUGAUGCCGGGCAUGGUGGUGUUUCGACGGCGCUGGUCGGUGGGCAGUGAUGACCUGGUGCUCCCCGCCCUCUUCCUCUUCCUCCUGCACUGCACCUGGCUGGUGGUGCUGUCGGUGGUGCUGUUUGGACUGCCGUACGGCUCGGACCAGUCCUGCUCCGUCACGCUGGUGGACCACGGCCGGGGCUACCUGGGCAUCCUGGUCAGCUGCCUGAUCUGCGAGGGCGCCAUCAUGUGGCUGAGCAUGAGGGGCAGCAUCCUGUACACACAGCCCCGCGACGCAGUGCAGUACGUGCUCUACAUCAGACUAGCUAUUUUGCUUGUGGAGCUGGUGUACGCGGUGGUGGGAAUUGCUUGGCUGGUCCGGUUCUACCAACCGUGCUCUGACAUCACUGCCAAGAACCUGACCCUGGGAAUCGUGGCGUGUAACUGGCUGGUGAUCUUCAGCGUCUGUUUCACCCUCAUGUGCACCUUCGACCCCACGGGCCGCACCUUCGUCAAGCUGAAAGCUACACGCCGACGUCAGCGCAACCUCACGACAUACACACUCAGACACAGGCUAGAGGAAGGUCAAGCCAGCAGCUGGAGCAGGAGACUCAAGUUCUUUAUGUGCUGCACCAGAGCUCAGGACUCCCAGUCGGACGCGUACUCGGAGAUAGCCAGUCUGUUUGCGGAGUUCUUCAGGGACCUGGACAUCGUUCCCAGCGACAUCAUCGCCGGCCUGGUGCUCUUGAGGCAGAGGCAAAGGUCCAAGAGGUCCGCCAUUUUGGAUCAGGCCAACAAUGACAUCCUCGCUUUCCUGUCCGGAAUGCCAGUCACGCGCAACACCAAAUACCUGGACCUCAAGAACUCGUCCGAGAUGCUCAUGUAUAAGGAGGUGUGCUACUACAUGCUGUUUGCCCUGGCGGCCUACGGCUGGCCCAUGUACCUCAUGAGGAAGCCUGCCUGUGGGCUGUGUCGCCUGGCCAGCUCCUGCCCGAGCUGCCUCUCCGUGUCAGGCUCCCGCCUCUCCCAGGUGACCGUGGAGGAGGACAACUGCUGUGGCUGCAACGUGCUAGCCAUCCGCAGGAACUUCCUGGAUCACGACCUGAAGCAGGUCCACAUUGUCUACACCUCCUGCCAUGAUGCCGUAUACGAGACGCCGUUCUUUGUGGCAGUGGAUCAUGAGAAGAAGAAAGUUGUCAUCAGCAUCCGAGGAACUCUGUCACCCAAAGACGCACUGACGGAUCUGACAGGAGACUCUGAGCGGUUACCUGUGGAGGGGCAGCACGGUAACUGGCUGGGACACAAGGGCAUGGUCUACUCCGCUGAGUACAUUAAGAAGAAGCUGGAGCAGGAGAUGAUCCUGUCUCAGGCCUUUGGAAGAGACCUGGGAAAGGGCACCAAGCACUACGGCCUGGUGAUCGUGGGGCACUCCCUGGGAGCAGGCACGGCCGCCAUUUUGUCCUUCCUGCUGCGCCCCCAGUAUCCCACGCUGCACUGCUACUCCUACUCUCCGCCUGGCGGGCUGCUCAGUGAGGAUGCGAUGGAGCACUCGAAAGAAUUCGUCACCUCCGUGGUUCUGGGGAAAGACCUCGUCCCCAGAAUUGGUCUCUCUCAGCUGGAAGGGUUCCGGCGCCACCUACUGGAGGUGUUACAGAGGAGCAACAAGCCAAAGUGGAGGAUCAUUAUGGGGGGCACAAAGUGCAUUCCCAAAUCUGAGCUGCCCCUAGACGAGGGCACGGAGGCCCAGGCCGUGGCCCCCCCGAACACACGCCUCUGUCUGCACCCCAGUGACCUCAGUAUCGCCCUCUCCGCCUCCGCCCCACUCUACCCCCCGGGCAAGAUCAUCCACGUGGUGCACGACCACCCUCCAGAGAGAUGCUGCGGUCAGGAGGAGCCCACGUACUCAGCCCUGUGGGGCGACAACAAGGCCUUCGACGAGGUCAUCAUCUCCCCCGCCAUGCUGAACGAGCACCUGCCCCACAUGGUGAUGGAGGGACUCAACAAGGUGCUGGAGAACUACAACAAGGGGAAGACGGCCCUGCUGUCGGCGGCGAAGAUCAUGGUCAGCCCUACGGAGAUGGACCUGAACCCUGAUGUGAUUUUCCUGGCCCCCCCAGCCUCUCAGGAGCCCACGGCCACGGCCCACCAUCGGAGGAACAGCAGCGUCCGCUCCUGCGCUCGCUCCGAGAUCUCGCUGAACGGUUUUGCGGAGUGCCCCCCUCCCCCCGUGCCCGUGGUGCUCCAGGCGGCCCAGGAGCGGCUGGCGGUGGAGCUUCGGGAGCAGCGUGCGCCGCUGGCCGUGAUGGAGAGCCUGUCGGACGCUGAGUCCCUCUACAGCCUGGACUCCCGCCGGUCGUCUGCGGCCCUGAGGGGCUCCCCCAACCUGGGGGCCCUGGGCUUCUCCCUGGGCACGCCCAUCCCGGAGGAGAACCCGUCCCUCAGCUCCCGCACCGAGCUCCUGGCGGCCGACUGCCUGGACCAGGCCACCUCCAGCCAGGACCUGGGCCAGCUGGGGCCCUACUCCACCCCGCCCGACUCUGGCUCCACGCCCAAGUUCUUCCACCGCCUCUCCCCGGCGACGCCCCGCUACGGUGCCUCCACCCCGCUGGCCCAGACUGUGUUAGGCCAGCCGGUGGGCCAGGGGGCGCCGCGUCCCCCCUCCUCCUGUUCCCCCUCCGAGUCCCCCGUGCCCGCCAGCUCCGACGGCUCCCCCGCCCCGCUCCUGCGCCCGAGAGCCGGCGGCGCGAACGAGGAGGAAGAGGAGGAGGAGGGCAGAGUGGAGGCGGAGGGCCCGCGGGAGAGUGAAGAGGAGAAAGGAGAGGCGAGGCCGGGGGCGGAGACGGAGACGGGGCCCGACUCCCCCGCCCGGCCCGACCCCCUGCCCAACGGCGCCCCCAGCCAGGUGGUGCUGGAGUUCGCCCAGUUCCUGGACUCCCUCUUUAAGCUGGACGGCAGCUCGCCCCCGCUGGAGCUCUCGGACGGGGAGUCGGAGUCCGGGCGCGGCUCGUACGGCCAGGGGGAGGAGGGGCAGCCGGCCGACGACCGCGUCCUUCUGGCCCGCGCCACUCUGGAGCCCAACCUGGUGCCCAAGCCCCCGCGCACGUUCGCGGGCUCCGCCGACCCCUCCUCCGGAAUCUCCCUCUCGCCCUCCUUCCCCCUCUCGUCCUCCGGCGAGCUCAACGACCUUUCACCCGCCGACGGGGCGCCCCCGGCCCUGCAUCCGCUCCGAACUACUGCCCCGUCCCCCUACCCUGCGGAAAACACACUGUCCACCAUGGUCUAACUUCUCUCUCUCCCUCCCCCCCCCCCCUUUUGUCCAUUCCAUCCCUUUUCCCUUUGACAACGAAUUCCCAUGACAGAACUGGCCUAUCCCUGCCCUUCCCUUCACUUCCUCUGUCUGUCAGAGCACUCAGUGGUACUUCUCUGAAAUGUAUCAUUGUACAGUACAAGCAAUGCAAGCAGAGACUCUGGUGUAUAUCAGUUAUUUCUUUAAUACCUGACUUCAUACUACAGACAUCUGAUACGACAGGGGUACAGUGUGUGGAUACAAUUUUAUUGCUUCCAAGCCGUCCACUGGAAGCCAGUUGUUGUGCCUGGUAUUAAUGAUUUGUUUAUUUAUUACAAUUUACUUAAUUUUUUUAUGCAGAAAAUGUAUCUGACGUUAUUGACUGCCGUGAAACUUUUUAGCCUUACCAGGUGUGGUACGGCAGUGCACAUUUUUGGAGCAGUCAGUCCAUCGCCAAGGCCAAUAUGGCCGACGUUUUCUCUCAAGCGUGUUGCUGUAAGUGGAACAAUCCAGAGACCUUAGGUCAGACGUCGUCGAUGAGGACAGUCGUGCCAUAUGGGCUCCUUGCAGAACGCAACUUGCCAAAGCCUUUUUUCGCGUGGUUGCUCGUCCUCAAAUGGCAGGGCUUGAAAAUCGGCGUGUAUAGUGCGUGUCGGUGAGAGCACAGCAAGGUUUGACUGUACAAUGCAUGCCACCAUUUUACACAUUGGUGUGACCCUUUAAAAGCCCAUUCCUUCAGUGAAAAGACUAAACUCUAUGGACGUACCUCCAUCGUCGUGAACCUGUGGACCUAGCUCGAAGUGCUAUCCUUACGAGACACUCUUACGAUGUUCUUAAAAUGGCUCUCCUGAUGACGCGUCUUCUUUUUGCUUGCAUGACAGCACCUAAAAAGGCUUUGUUAUAGCCACUGUUGGUGCUAGCAAUUUUUCGGUUUGUGUUUUAAAUGAUUUUAAUAUUUUUAAGAGUCCCGGGCAUGUCACUUGGCGGACUGCGUGUUGUGCCAUCUUUUAAUGUCCUCUCUUUUCCCAGGGCCAGAGGGUGCCUCUGCCCCCCGCCCCACCUACCGUCCGCCCUAGCUGCAGCAUAGAGUGACCCACCGCUACGGCCAGUUCACUGAAAAGUCAUUGAAAUGUCUGUCUUUCUAGUUGAUCUUCUUCCGUGUGCUCCUGAGUAGAGGUCUGCAUCAACCUAGAAAUGAGAGCACCUCAGCCCAAGUCUUUGUGGCCCCGCCCGAACCAGCUUGCCAAGUCCUAGCCAGAAUUUAAAGCCCGAACUUGACAGAGCUAGAUCACAAUAGAAAACAGUACUGUAAUUACAACCGUAUAAUUACUGUACUGUAAAUUCCCACAGGACAGCUGUUGGUGAAGGUUCUUGCGCUUCCGGCAGAUGUUAACAAUGAUUGACAACAAUGGCACAAAGCAAGGCUUCUACUUUUUGUAGUGUGUCGUUAUGAAUUCUGAUUCUGAUUCUGAUGCUGAGCUAGCAAAUUAAAACAGCUGUAUUUAACCUUUAACAAUUAUUUUUAAAUGCAUUUUUUCUUCUGUUGAACAUGAUGAAGUUUGUCGCUGUUUUGUCGAAAACAGCAAAGGAAUGUCCUCUUUCUUUUAGUAUGUAUUUGCAAGUAUUAGUAUAUUUGUAACAACAGGAAUAAUUGAGGGUUUAAAGCUCAUGUUGAUCAGAACAGGCUCGCCAGCUAGCUUCAGUGUCAUCUUUCCUUCUGUUAAACAUUACAUGAUAAGUGCUUUUAAAUAGGGCUGUUUUGCUGGUUGAGUUCAACAGUACACUACAAAAACUGGAAACUUUGUGCCAUUGUUGUCAAUCGUUUUGUUUUUUUUCAAUUGUUGUGAACAGCUGGCGGAAGCGUUAUGACACUACUGUUGGCUUCUGGGUUGGCAGUUGGCCUGUACCCAAUCGGACCUGACAUCACAGAGCUAAAAAUCGUCCUGAUACCCAGUUCAAUCAAAGCAUACCUUCGGGCCCGCAAUUGUACCAUUGACUUUACAUUGAAAACGGGUCUGCAUGACCCAAACGCUAGUGAUCACCGUCUCUCGGCUUUACAAAAGAAGCCACGUUUUGGCUGCUUGGUUUGGGUCGGGAUGCAGACCUUUACUCAUGAUUAAUGAGAAAAGGACGCUCCCGCAAUGGAGGUGACGUGGAUACAGCUGCCCUGGCCAACUUCAGGAAUGAUAAGGAAUCAAUUCUCCCAUGCACAGAGGUGGCAUGGAGACCCCCGCUCCUACCCUACCCCACCCUACCCCUCACAACCUAGCCUGGCUGACACUGAGGGGAUACCAGGGGGUACGGCUCUCACUGAAUGUUUGAAUGCCACGAGAUAAACGUAGUACAAACCCCAAAGGAUGGGGCAAAUACGGUCUUAAAGUCUUUGCCCCUUCAGGCAAGCAAAAAAAGAAGUGAUUCCAUGUUUUAGUGUGGAGGUAGAAAGGAGAAGGGGGGAAGAGACAGGGAAGAGACUGUGAAUUGAUAGAGACAGAGGGUGAUGGCAUAAUUCCUCAGGUUUAAAAGGAGGCAAUGGAGUGAUGUGCAAAGAUAACAGAAACUAAAGAAUUUGCCAAGGGAAUGAUGUGCUUUGUCCUUAUGUAAAAAAAUUUAAGAUUUAAAACGUUACGUGAUUAAACCAUUUAUUAAAAAGUGAUAGGAUAUAAACAACAACAACAAAAGAUAAUUGUUUGAUGGUUACUUGAAAGUUUGGCCUGUUUGUGUUUUGGUCAGUAUUAUGCUUUAGUGUGUGAUAGGCUAGGUAGACCAUUUUAUUGUGACAGAAUCGUCCUUGCCUUUGAGAAAAACCUCAUAAAACAUCCAGCCCGCGAAUACACAAACACAGGCGCCAAGACCCGUUGGCGACACGUAUUGUGUUUGUGGCAUUUUCAUAUUUUCCGUGUCCGUGGGUGUCAACAGUGAAGUUGGACACACGGACGAAAUCGACCCACACAAUUGCCACACAGCAGCCGGGUCCACACCGCGGUUCGGUCGCCGCGAGCGAGAGCCGUCCUUAACGUGGCACGGUGACAGGGUUGCCGUUGCUCUUGGGUAUGACUCCUUGCUGAGGUAACUCCCAUCCCGUCGCCUCCGCACGUAUCCCACUGCUGCCACCAGAUGGCCCUUCACGCUCUCGGGUGCCAAGUUACCUGCAAAAAAAACAAAAACAAAACCCCCCCCGGUCUCCGAUAGGAGAGAUUUAAUUAUGUUCAGAUGGAGUUGUUUUCCGGAAUGUUUUCGUCGCCGGCGUGUUUUUGGACUUUUUCACCGCACCUUUUCUCGAGCGAUCUUCAUAUCUUUGGGUUUUUUAUUUUUUUUAAUGCUUCAUAAUUUGUCGCUUUAUUUAUUACUACGAUAAUGAUCAUUACUAGUCAUUGUAUAAUUAUUACCAUUGGAUUUGCCUUGUUUAUGUGAGUGGAGUACCUUGAGGUAAGGGGUUUUCCUCAGGAAGUCCCUCAAUGGUCUGUCUUGUUCGCCCACCGAAGGGAAUAUCGCUGAUGGUCCAAGUGGGUAAAAAUGCGGUAUACCAUGGUGACCUGUGACGAAACAUCCUUAAAAUUACACUAAACUACAGGGGACAUCAUUCGGCACAAUCUCUUAUCUGACCAAACUAUUUUCACCACGAUCUUUGGUGUUUGAAGGGCACUAUAGACAGUUAUCGGUGUAUCAUAUUGCAAUUACUCUAUUACUUGUCAGUGUCCCCUAGUACCACACUACCAUAGGAGUUACCAUGGUACCCGUUUCACCACAGCCCUGUACAGCACUGUCUACUUUGUGUAAUUAUUUAUAUAUGUAAGUGUCUUGUUUACAAUUAUUGUAAAGAAAUGAAACCCCAUAGGAAGUAAUGUAGUAAGAAAUACUAUAUGCAUUAUAAUACUUUAUUUAAAAAAAAUCUAUAUCAAUAGUGAUAUUAUAAAUAUGUAUGAAGAAAUGACUCUAUAUAGCGAGAGAUUUAUGAGAUCUAUUAAACAGAUUUAGACAGAAAUCUAUGUUGAGAGAGAAAUAUAAAUCAAUUAUGUCUCAAUUACGUCCAUGUUUACCUGGUUUGCACCCCCAUCAUAGAAUGAGAAUGUACCAAUCACCCUCACCCACUGCCCUGCCUGUAACAGAAUAAAGACAAAGCAAUUUCAAACAAAAUGUUUAAAAGAAACAAAAUA